ACCAGUCCAGUCCAGCCAAGAUGACAGGCUUUGGAUCUCCAUGUGGAGCCUGCAAGUUUCUUAGAAGAAAGUGUGCCAGGGGUUGUAUUUUUGCACCAUAUUUUUGCAAUGAGCAAGGUGCCACCAAUUUUGCAGCUAUACAUAAGGUCUUUGGUGCUAGUAAUGUCUCCAAGCUCUUAACCCAUUUGCCAAUUAGCGACCGUAGUGAGGCGGCAGUGACAAUUUCUUACGAAGCACAGGCAAGGCUUAAAGACCCCAUCUAUGGCUGUGUCGCCCACAUUUUUGCCCUGCAACAAGAGGUUGUCAACCUGCAAGCUCAGUUGCUUUCUCUGAAGGAACAGGUAGCCCAUAGUCAAGUUAGCACCACAUCAAGCCCACAGUUCCCUUAUCAAUCAGAAAACCCUACCUUCAGCCAACAAUCAAUGGCAAACAUGUCACAGUGUUUGUCAAAUGCCUUAGGGAACUGUGAACCAAUGCUGUACAAUGGCUUCACUGACACAAGCCAUAUUGGUGGAGGAUACUUUGGAAACAAUGGAGAGGAGUUAACAAAUAUAGGUUGCUCUUCUCAAACCAUAGACUCUUAUUCAAGCAUGCAAAUGAACUAAAGGAAAUUCAUGCACCAGGAGAUGGAGGACAACUUUGGAGACUUACAAUCAAUGGCUUUUUCUUAUCUCAAAAGCACAUAAGAUGAUUAUUUAGGAAUCCUAUGGAUACACAGGGAAUGAAGCAUAAAUAUAUGCUAUUUAAAAUCA